CCUAACAAAAAGUAAUUUCUCAAUCGACAACAGACACUCUAACCUGAACUCAGAUGAACUUUCGCUGCUACUCUCACCGUUUUAUCAAACCAUUUUCAAAUCUGACCCCGGCAACAAAUCACCCUUCUUCUUCUAAUUGGAGAACUCAAAUCAAACAAGCUCAGCUGGUUUCGCAAGUCUCGUCCAUUCUCUUACAAAGACGUAACUGGGCACCACUUCUUCAAACUCUUAAUCUCUCCUCCGAACUAACCCCGGCUCUCUUCCUCCAAAUCCUCUGCAAAACCCAACAUCACCCUCAAAUCUCUCUAGCUUUCUUCAACUGGGUCAAAACCCAUUUGGGUUUUAAGCCAGACCUCAGCUCCCAAUGCCGUAUCAUCCGAAUUUCACUCGGCUCGGAGUUUUCCCCACCCGUGGACCAAAUUUUAGACCCUCUGAUUCAGUCGCACCCUGCACCGGUAGUUGCAGAUUCUAUGAUUCAGGCUUGUAAAGGUAAAAAUUUUGAUCCUAGUGCUUUAAGUUCGUUGAUCAAAUGUUAUUCGAAAAAGGGUCUUUUUAUGGAAGUACUAGUGGUGUUUAGAAAAACGACUAGCUGCGGAUUUGCUCCUUCAAUAUGUGCUUAUAAUGAGCUGCUUGAUGCUUUACAGAGAGGAAAUGAGGUGAAACUAGCUUGGUGUUUUUUAGGUGCCAUGAUUCGAGGUGCUGACCCUGAUUCAUCUUCGUGGUCAUUGGUUGCUCAGAUUCUUUGUAAAAGUGGGAAAUUUGAUAAAGUUGUUAGAUUGAUAGAUAAGGGCAUUUAUAAUUCUGAAAUUUAUGAUCUUGUAGUUGAUUUUUAUAGCAAAACUGGGGAUUUUGAAGCUGCAUUUCAUCAAUUAAAUGAGAUGAAGGAUAGAAAACUUGAGACUAGUUUUUGUACCUAUAGCUCAGUACUUGAUGGGGCUUGUAAAUAUGAUAAUAGAGAUGUGAUUGAGAGGAUAAUGAGUAUGAUGAUAGAGAAGCAACUGCUUCCGAGACGCCAAGUUUCAGGAAAUGAUUCGAUCAUCCAAAAGCUUUGUGAUUUGAAAAGGACCCAUGCAGCUGAAAUGAUGUUUAAGAAGGCUUGUGGUAAUAACAUUAGAUUACAGGAUGAUACUUAUGGAUCUUUAUUAAAGGCAAUGUCCCAGGUUGGGAGAAUAGAUGAAGCGACAAACAUGUAUCGAAUGAUGCUGAAAAGGGGAAUUAAGGUAAAAGAAAGUUGCUAUAGUGCAUUUUUAAAUAUUCUUUUCCAGGAAGAUCGGUUCGAUGAUGGAUAUGGAUUGUUGGUGAAUAUCAUGAAGCAAGGACAUAAUCCUUGUCCAUCUCAAUUGUCCAAAUAUAUAACAUCACAGUGUAGAAGAAACAAUUGGAGAAAGGCUGAAGAACUGUUGGAUGUGAUGCUAGAGAAAGGGUUAUUGCCUGAUUCAGUUCCUUGUUGUUUGGUGAUGGAGUAUUAUUGCUUUAACAGGGAGAUGGAUAAAGUUGUCGCAUUGCAUAAUAAGAUGGAGAAAGUGAAGGGAAGUUUAGAUGUAACAACAUACAACAUGAUUCUUAAAGGGCUAUGGGGGGGAAGGAAAGCAGAAGAAGUGGCCCGGGUUUUUGAUUAUAUGAUAGGGUUGAACUUGAUUGAUAGUGCAAGUUUUAUUAUCAUGAUCCGUGAGCUCAGCCACUCUAAGGAACUGAGAAAAGCCAUGAAAAUUCAUGAUGAAAUGUUGAAAAUGGGGCUUAAACCUGACAAGCGUACGUAUAAGCGGCUGAUUUCUGGAUUCAAGUAAUCGAUAUAGCUAAUGCAUUUAUCACAUGGCAAUUACACUUUGCAUAACCGACUUUUUGGGUAAUGCGGCAGUCUCUAGCUUGCGUCAUUCGACAUGGGAGUACGAUAAUUAAGAUUUGGCUUAGAUACUGUCACGGCAUUGUUGUGCAUUUCUCGCACAACUAGAUUAAUAGGAUGUACAACGCUUACAUUUUCAUUUCCCCCUUUUACGACAUGAGAUUGAAAGCAGGUUGUGACAUGACCGAUGCAUCUCAAUCCAUUUUGU